AUGGGGUGCACACCUUCCCACAGUGACAUUGUAAACAGUGUCGCAAAGAGUGGCAUUCAGUUUCUGAAAAGGCCCAAAGCAAUUUUGCCCGGAUGUCAGGGGAACUGUGGAAGUGGGUCCAUCCCUCUGUUAGUUAAAAGUUCCACCUGCUAUGACCCUGGAGGGAGCCUGCCCCAGGGACGGAGGUGGACCGAGGAGCCACUGAGGGCCAAGAGGUCUCAAACAGUGACUGAUGGUCUUUGUCAGCAUGUGGGAGAAAGGGAGGGGCUGAUCCCCGAAAGCCAAACCUCCCCAGCCAGGCUGAACAAAUCACAAAGCCACAUGACUAAGGACAUUCUAGGCAAGAUGGGGGGCUCCCACGGGACACAAGGAACUGCCUUUCUUGGGGAAAGGGAUGAAGAAAGUACUACUCAAGAUACCUCAAAGCUGUCAUACCAGCCGGGUUGCCAGGCUAUCCCAGAGUCAGAGCACAAAGUGGACUUCCCUGAGCCCCUGGUAAAGGCCCACCAGCAUGUCUACGCCUACCUGCACUCCAGCCUCUCCAGGUACGAAGCAAUACUGCGCCUCCUGCAGCAGGCCAGCCAGACCCGGGAGCUGCUACAGCCCAUGCUGGGCUUCCUGCUGCUGUGCUUCGAGGAGGUCAGCCAGCUGUUGGGGGAGAUCUCCAAGGAUGGGGAGGUGCUACUCCAGGAUGUUAGGGAGGAUCUGGCUUGGCCAUCAAAAAAAGGAGAGAUCACAGGGAAGCCAGACCUCUUGCAACAACUGUUACAGUACACAGUCAGCAAGCUCCAGGUGCUCCAUGGCACAGUGGCCUCUCUCACGGGCAGCUUCCUGGAAAGUUCCAGCAACUACCUCCAUGCCACAGCCAGCCACCUGGAAAAUAAGCUGAGCACAAAAAGGGGUGUGGAGGAACACCUCCUGAGGGCCCUGGGGCAACUAGAGAGCCUGGCGAGCGGCCAUGGGGACCCUGGGCUGCAGGGUCCACCCCUGUGCUCUGAGGACAGUGGCAUCGGGGCUGACAAUGAAUCCGUGCAGUCUGCAGACAAGCUGGGCAAGCAAGGCAGCUGGGACUUGGCAUCCGAUCCUGUAGAAUGGAAGCCGGGGACGUCCCCACCAGUGGAGGCCAGACUGUCAGGACAUGGCUGGCAGCAAAGUCCGUUCUGGACAGGAUCAGACAGACCCCAGGACUGCCCACUGUCCAGACCAUCCGUGGCUAAGGUGCAUCCUGCUGCUCAGAGUGAAGCAAGCACCUCGGGCCCUUCCAGCACAGGUUCAGGAAGUGCUACCCUCAGGCCUUUGAAGGCAGGUAAGAGCAUGGCGUGGGGCUCCCUGCAGAUUGGAGUCCCCAUGGAGGCACAUCUGCCUACAGGCUCCAGGUUGGUCGGCGCGCCAUCCCUCAGUGAAGGCCAAGACAGCAGCUCAGAGGAGGGAGAUGAUGAGAGCUGCGCAAGUCCAUGUGCAGAGCAGGAACACAUGGCAGCCUCCUCCAGACCCCGGUCUUCACCACCUGGCCGGGAGAGCCUAUUUCAGCCACAUUCCCAGAAACUUAAAAGCCCCCAGGCGCAGGAAAUGAUUCUGAAGAUGAAAGAAGCCAUCAGUGAAAAGAUCAAGUUCGUUCCUCUAUCUUCUGGGCACCAAGACUGGGCUGAGGAGGAGGAAGAGGGAAGGACCCUGGUCCCACCAAGGCCUAGCACUGUCAGCGGCAGCAGGAAGACCCCUGAGAGGCAGAGGAGGUCCCAGUCAGAGGGUUGUCUAAAGAGCCCUGUGGAGGACCCCACACUUCAGGAGCUACAGAGGGUCCAAAGAGACCUGAGCCGGCGGCUGGAGAUGUUUUAUGCCCUAGGUGCUACCCGAGAGGGGCAGAGCCAGAAGCAGCUUCCACAGCCCAGGGCCCUGAUGCUGGGGACCCAGCACAGCUACAGAGUGAACCCCAGCAGCACCGUCAGCAAGCUCAAGGCUUCCCUCACCAGAAACUUCAGCAUCCUGCCCAGUCAGGACAGGAGUCUCCCACAGAAAUGCAGCCCCCACUCUGAGAGGGAACAGCCCUGGCAGAGCAAAGCUGAGAAGCUGCCAAAUGCCACCCCUUCCGGGGAGGACAGAGCCCCCGCCAGGACCACGGACAGGGGCAGCCACGGGGACUGUCCUAGCAGAGCAUCGGUGAAGAAACUCAUUGAAACUUUUAGUCCUUCUGAGAAUCUGAGGCUGCUGGGGGACCCCAGGAGCACAGGGCCAAGCCCCUGCCUGAAGAAAUGGGGGAUUCCCACCAUGCCCCCCAGAUUUCCUAUAUACAGAGGGCUUGCUCCUUUGUAUCCUAAGCCCCAGAUUUCCCCCACAGCACGAAGAGACUGUUUCAAGGUGGGUACGGGCUGGCGGCCCUUAGCACCCAUCUUCCCCCCUCUACCUCCAACAGAAGCAAACAAGGGUGAGGAGGUUGACUGUGAAAAUGGAGGGGACCCCACGGGUCUCCCUCCACCACCUCUGGAAGUCCUCAUGGACAACUCAUUUGCUUCUUUGGAGCCCCCAGAUGGCGACAAGCUGGCAGGGUACUCUCCUGAAGAGACCCCAGCCCCAGGGCAAGGAGAGGCAGGCCCUCCCAGAACGUGGCCUUCCACAAAGCUGAGGGCCUCCAUGAGCCCCAUUGACUUGCUGCCUAGUAAGGGCACUGCCAGCUCCCCGAAGAUGCGUGGCAUAGGGCCAGGAAGCAGCAGAAGCAGUUGCAAUCCUAGAAAACUCACCUUGGAUCUGAGUCACCCACCAGCAGCCAGCCCAAACCCACAUGUGGACGCCGGGGCUCAGAGUCAGGCACCCGCAGAGGCUGCAAGGGUCUCCAAGCAUCACCGCAAGGCACCACGCUGGCACCACACCAGCCCCCUGUCUGGGCAAAGCAAGACCAUGGAGCCUAGCCUGGCCCGGCCCCUACAAAGACCACAUUCUCCUGAGGCCUCCAGGAGCAGCCCCGAGAGGAGCAGCCCCGAGAAAAGCACCCCCGUAGUCAGAAAGGCCUCUCCCACAAGGACCCAUGCGCUACCCCAGGCAGACAAGAAGCAGCGAAGCAUGCCUGCAGCACAAAGACAUGCCCAGCCCAGCCGCCCCUCUGUCCUCAGCUCUCCCAGCCCACCACUCAGCCCCGGAGCCCCCAGCCCACCCAUGAGCCCCAGGACACUAAGCCCACCAACCACAAAGAAACAAACUUCCUCACCACCCCAGCACAAGCUGCCCAGCCCGCCCCCGGGGAGCCCACCUGCUCAGCACAAGGUCUCCCACCCUCCUGUCCAUCUUUCCCCCUUCUCCAACACCUCCCCCUCCCCACCAGUGCCCCCCUCCCAAGGGCACAAGGACACAAGGGACUCUGAAGAGAGUGAAGCUACCACUCCCAAAGCUUCUGAGAACACAGGCUCCAUAUUCUGCCCAGCCGCUUCCUCUCUCUUUGAAGCUAAGCCACCAACCUCAGCGGCCCACCCACUGGCCCCAUCCCCGGAGCCAGGGGGCCCUCCUGGAGCCCCUGCAGGAUGCUGGAGGAGUAGCUCAGGGCCACGGCCAGAUUUACAGAAGAGGAUGGUUCUGAGUGCCCUCAACCCCCUGCCUUUUGUCAGAAGGACAGCUCCCCACCGCCAGCCGGGGGCCCCUCUUCCAUUGCCUGGUUCUUGGGAAUCUCAGCCUGGCCAUAGCAGCUUGAGAGAAGAGUCUGAGCUCCAAAAAGACACUACCCCUUGGAGCCCCUGUGCCCCAGAACUGCAGGGUGAGGGUGCCAGGAGGUCCUCUCCCCCAGAGCUCUACGUGCUGGGCCAUGGACUGCAGCCAGAGGCCCGAGUCAGCCGCAGCCAGGACAAAUCCCAGCCGGAGGCGCGGCGCAAGCAUCAGGAGCUGUGACAUACUGACCAACGGGGUCACGCUGACGUCACUCACCCCAGGAGGCACAAGUUAAGUCUUUGACCUAAAGAUGGUGGCCAAACCAACCUCAAUCCUAGAAAAGUCUGGAAGAUGCACUGCUGGAGGGAGGGGCUGCUAAAUUUUAAGCAAUCCCUCUUUUCA